CUGCCCUCGUCUCCCCUGUUCCCUCCUCCCUUAUAAACUUACAGCGUUAGAGUGAAAGUGAAAAUGCUGAGUUUGGCCAAAUGAGAGCACUGACCUUCUUUUCCUCAGCUCUACUUUACAUAGUAGUGUAAAUAGGAACAGCUUGACAUUUCUAGCAGAGUACAUAAGUAUCAACAGCCAUGGACAAAAAGCAGCAUCUGGUGAAAAAGGAGUUUGGGAAAAGAUUUUCUUUGGACAGUAGUCUCAUGGAAUAUAUGGAUUCCAAUAAGUACAUUGACCACUUACUGAUUCAACUGGAACAGCAACGCUGGAAUGUCUGGAGGGAGAAGCUGUCUGUGGCUCGGCUUCAACAGGAAGUUGCACGAAAUAAGAGUGACGGAACAAUGCGUGAGAAGCUGAUACAUGAGUUGGAGGAAGAGCGACAUUUGAGACUUGAAAGUGAAAAGAAAUUACGAGAGGUGACACUGGAAUCUGAACGUAACAGGGUUCAAAUGCGUGGAUUGCAACAGCAGUUUUCAAGAAUGGAAGAGACAGUAAGGAAUCUACUGCAAAGUAGAGAAUCAUCAGAACCAAACCAAGAGGAACCUGUUACCAUAAUAAAGGCAUAUCAGGAAACAUUAACGCAAGAUGGAAAAAGAUGCAAAACAGGCAUGGAAGACAUUUGCACUGCAGCAGAUAAAGAUUCGAAGAAUGAAAACAGCAAUGAGGAUAAAAAAGAAAAGACAAAAUUACUGUUGGACCGGCUGAAGGCUCUAGAGGCAGAGAAUUCUGCACUGGCCAUGGAAAAUGAAAAUCAGAGAGAACAGUAUGAAAGGUGCCUUGAUGAGGUAGCCAACCAGGUUGUACAAGCGCUUCUUACUCAGAAGGAUCUGAGGGAGGAAUGCUUGAAGUUAAAAACAAGAGUUUUUGACCUGGAACAACAGAACCGAACACUAAGUGUGCUAUUUCAGCAGAGAAUGAAACCAACAUCGGGCUUACUGCUUCAGAAACUUCAUUCACGCAUCUUAGAUCUGUCGUCUGGGGAUUUCCUUUCAGAGGUAGAGAAGAAGAGAAGUUUGAUACAAUCACGAAGUGCUGAUGUUCAGGUUCACGAAAGCCAACCGAAUUUGAAAUCUGGAGUACCUGCCUCAAAAUGCCAGAGUCAAUUAAAUCUGACAGGGCCUCACCGAGUUUAUCCUCGAAGCAGCUGCAGCAGCAGUGAACUCUCUUUGUCAAGUGCCUGUAGUGAAUAUUCCAGUGGCUCAUCCUGUACUUGGAAUGAUGGGAAGGCAUGCAGUAAAAGGGUCAAAGUGGUAACAGAAAACUUCCAGGAAGACCAAGAAGACGCAGUAACUGAUUCAACAUGUCAAAGCCAUUUAAUAGAAUCCUGCUGCCAAAUGAGGACACUGGACAGUGGGAUAGGAACCUUCCCUCUCCCAGACUCAGGAAACCGCUCAACUGGAAGACAUGUUUCUAAACAAGGACUGGAUUUAGAAAUGGAAAUUGCCACAUUGCCUGAGCAAACUUUUCCUCAUGCUCCUUCCGAGAAAGCCAAAACCCUUGAGCGAGAAGUGCCUUCAACAGCUAAGAACAACCAAGGAUCUGUGGAGAGCGUAAUGUCUCAUUCAGCAUCAGAUCCUACCAUGACUGCUAAAGGUAUACGAUUUUCCCACAGUCGCCUUCCAAAACCAGCUUCUACAGGAAUAAUGAACUCCUUGAAAAAAAGUGAACCAGAGGAGACUUCUCUCACUUCUGCAUCAUCAGAGCAUUCCGAAAAAGAAAAAAGUGGCAACAAGAAAUUGUUUCCAGAAUGGAACAGCAAAAAAGCUAUUAAACCCAAGGACAAGGCACUGAGAGCAUGCACUUACUCUGCUAGCAGUAGCAGCGAUACUGAAACAGAGCUGGAAUAUGAAACAAAUGAUUUUGGAAAUGGAGGAGAAAAGUUGGUAGAUUUAAUGAACAACAAACAAGAAAUUGAAGCAACCUGAAGAAACAAAGGAUGAUUCUAAGAAGAGGUUAUCUAAAAUUUCCCUGGAGUCUCUCAAUAAAUUUAAUAGCAGUACAACCAUUUUAUUGGAAAAAGAGAAGAACUGUCUGAACAAGGUUGAAGAGCGACAAAAUGGGAAGAAUGAAGGAGUUGCUCUAAAUAGUUCCAAUAGCCAUGGCAUAGGCCACUUAGAAUCCUUGAGUGAUUCUUUGUAUGAUAGCUUCUCAUCCUGUGCAAGCCAAGGCUCAAAUGAUGUAUAAAGACACUCUAAAGUAGUGAGCACUGA